AUGUCGAAAAUUCUCUUUCCAACUUCAUCCGCGAGAGAUUUCACUCCAGAAAUGAUAAACAGCUGUAAGCAUAUAUUAUCACGUCCGCUACAGGAAAUAUAUCAAUUGUGUCUCGAUGACUUAAUUUCAGGAAGAAAACUCGAAUUAGCAUGUUUACUCAGAAUUCUUCUCGAAAGACCUCCAACACCUGAAUAUGCAUCCAUCAUUGGAUGGUUUGCAAUUAACAAUUUGAUUCAAGCACCAACUCUUCAACUUUAUAUGAGUGUUUUAUUGCAAAAUAAGAAUACGUUUUACGGAGAGCAAUGUUGUAUUGCAUUUCUAAACGAAGUUAUCCCGGUUGGAUAUCGUUAUUUAAGUUUUCUGGAAGAUGUUAUUGCAAUUCCAGGAUUUCGGUUUCGACAUUCCGAUUUAUUCAUAUUAAUAAAUCAAACGUUCGAAAAUGCUAUACCGUUAGAAGGCUUCCAACCUAAAAAUCAAUUUUCUAUUCCUAGUCCAAUCGGAAUAAUUCCAUUAACUCAGAAUUUGCAUCUCGAUUUGCCGCCAAUUACCAAAUCAAUAAGCGAGCCUCCUCUCAAACUUACACUUGAAGAGUGCGUGCAGGCUUCCUAUUUGAUGCCAGAAGAACAUCGCCGACAUUACUUGAUUUCUUACGUAUUAAACACACAAAUUCCCGAUUCAAUACUCAGCCCUCCGUCCGUACUUCUCGAAGCCGUAUGCGCUUAUGCAAAACAUUUACUUUCAAAUGCAAUUUCAGAUGGAAAGUCAAAAAUCGGAUGGGAAAGGUACUCCGUUCAUGCACAACUACAUCAGAUUGGUAUGUGGAUUGGCUUGCUUUCCAUUUCUCAAGGUCCGCCGCCCCCUAUUUACUAUAUCGAUCUUUACAAGAUACUUAGAGACUCAAUUAAGCUCGGAUGCUUCAACGAAGCAGUCAUACUACUCGCUGGAUAUUUUUCCAGGGCUUCUUCCAUAUACCAAUUGCCUUGUCCAUAUACUGUCAGCUUUUUACAAGUAAUGGCCGCAUUUAUCAAUCAGCCUGGUGUCAGACUUGACGUUUACCAGUCAGUCCAGGCUUUUGCGGCCUUAAUUGGAACUGAUAUUUCUAUAUUCCUCACAAGAACGAUAGAAGUUGAUCCCACUUCCUUUGAUUUACAUUGUGUCUUCCAGCUGGAUCCGAAAAACCAACUUUACUUCCUUGGUCCGUACCAAAAAGACGCAAUUGUCUCAAAUUCUCAAGAAAGAGUGGAUAACUUCUUCGAUUUCGCUCCUAACCCAGAGAAAUUCCCUCAGUACAUGCAGGAGGUAAUAAGGACAGCAAGUUUUGUAAGGAAAUAUUACUUCGUCGGCCGAGGAAAUUCAAUUUGUCUUCCAGAGCCAAGAACAGGCGGUCUCCAUAACACAUUGAUCGACUGCGCCAUACUUAUGGGGCUUUCGAACAAUUCUGUCCUAUCAGGAACAGCCUGUAGAAUAUUAGCAAAAUUAGUUUAUCCUCCGUUCAAAUUAGCACCAGAAAAACUACGCUAUGCGUUUCCUAAUUACAAUAUGCUCACAGCGCUCAUCAAACAUAGCUGUAUUUCCCCUCAAGAUAUCAAUACUUUGUAUUCAGACAUAUUAACUAAUCCUCAGACAGGUCCAAUUGCACUUCCCAUGAUCAGAAGAAUGAUGCCCCACAUUUUCAAGCUCCAACGUUUAUAUCCCAGAGCGAAUUUCACUUCUUUGUACGCAUUAACAGGCAUGAGACCGACCAAUUCCAAGACAGACUUGCCUUCUGUAGAUAGAUCGAACAUUUCCGUGCUCAGAGCCUUCCUACUCUUCUGUAAACAGCCUGAUGAUGAUACUCGUAAAGAUUUCCUCAACAAAUUUGGUACGGGAACGGCCAUGCAGAUAGCUGCCAUCAUCCAGAUCCUUAUCGGAAGCGUCAGAGAAGAUAACAAGGACUAUUCUGCCAUAGAAUGCUUCAUCGCUUUAAUUCCCUCAAUUCUCGAAAAAGUGUCAAAUGAUGUAAUCUUGAAUGGUCUCCUCCGAACAAUGGACCAAAUUAAUUCCUCAACGAUUGUAUCCCAUCAAUUAGGAAUUGUUUGCGUUUGCCAUGAAAUUUUUUCAUGUAUCGGAGAUUUUAGUCCGAACAGAUUGAUUCCUUUCCUCACAAAGACAUCACCUGGAAAGAUCCCAGACUUCGUAACAUCCUGGAUCCAGUUAGUUCUCCAUCCGAAAGUUUUUGGAGCAAUGAUCGAAUCAGCUGACCUCGAAUGCGUCAAUUUCUGCCUUAGAUUCAUCAUAUGCAUCAUCAAACUCGCAAUUAACUUCCCAGAUGGCUUCUAUCGCCCUGUUGCCAGAAUUAUUACGACAAUAUGCGACAGUUAUCCGGAAUUUGUUGUUUCCUUCCAUCUCAUUAUCCUUGAAAGUGUCCCUCCGAGGUUCAUCCAGCUCCGAAACAUCAUUUUAUCCUCAAUUCCUCCGAAUUUUGAUCCAAUGCUUCCUCCUCCAGUAUCAGUUAUACCUGGGGACACUCAAGAACUACGUAUUCUGAAGUCUAAGACAGAAGCGAUCAUCAUGGACAGAGUUACUACGGUUCAAUCUUCGAUGAUGAAACAAAUUUACGAAAUUUUCAAGAAAAUCAUUUCGAAAGAUGUUUCAUUACUCUGGAAAUUUGUUCUGUUUGUUAUUCAGACGUGGACAAUUUCUCAUGAAAGAUUUUCCAAGACAAACAUGGUUUUGGAGCUCUUAACCAUGCUUGUUCCUGUCUCUCCGAUCUAUUUCUUCUCUUCUCUCUUGGAUCAUGUCAGAUACAACAACUGCCACACGAGAUUCGCAAUGGAAUUAGUUUUGGCACUUUUUGAAAGAGUUUCUGAUGAUUUGAGAGAGAUUAUUUUGAUAGAAAUAGUUCGUAGACUUCUUUGUGUCACUGCUCCACCUCACUCCCUUAGAGAACUCUUCUCCAGACUGAUGGAAGAGAGGAAGAUGGAUGUUCUGAGUUUAAUGAAGAAGAUGAACGAAUUCCAGGAUUUCGAAGAAGCGGUCAAAGUAAUUAAGAUAUUGUAA